AUGUCGAGUGUCACACUCACAGACAGAGAAUCAAUUGACAAUAGACACAGGGGAUGGCAGCAAUCUACCAUCAAUGGCAGUUCUCUUCUGAAUUGGGAGGGGGAGCUUAACCUCAAUCACGACAAGCAUCAGUUGUUAAUUGGAUUCAUCAACGCAGCUCCCUGGCUUUCGGGAAGUCUCAUAGGUACCUGGCUAAGCGAUCCACUGCAAGACCACUUUGGAAGACGGCCCGCCCUGUUUAUAGCCGCAAUCUUCUGCGUGGUUCUUGUGAUAGCUUCUAUCGCGCCCAUAUUUGCCGCCGAAGCAGCCCCCGAUAAGCAUCGUGGCCAGGUUUUGAUGUUGUGGCAACUAUUUGAUACAUUGGGGAUAUUUCUGGGCUUUGUCUCCGCUCUCAUUGUGAUGGACAGCUGGAGGGUUCUUCUCGCCACUGCGACAAUCCCGGCAAUUAUACUUCUGUUUCUGGUAUUUCUAUGUCCCGAGUCGCCUCGUUAUCUGAUACAAAAAAACAAGUAUGCCGAUGCAUAUAAAAGCCUGCUCGAGCUCCGCGGAACGCCUGUUCAAGCUGCACGAGAUCUUUACUACAUUCAUUCUCAACUGCAGACCGAGGCUAUCACCAAAUGGGAUCCUCCGCACAGUUCCGAGGAGUCAUUCUCGUGGCAACGAGGGGAUGGAUAUGCCUAUCAACAAUGGAUAAAGAGAGUCAAUUUCUUCAAACGAAUGAGAUAUCUUGCCACCGAUCAUCGAACUCGAAGAGCAUGCGUUGUGGCUUUCAUUGUGAUGGCGUCUCAACAACUUUGUGGUAUUAAUGCCUUGACAUUCUACUCAUCUUCUCUUUUCACCAAAGAUGCAUUUCUGAAUUCGAAGACGGUGAUCAAGUGGUACAAUUUCACGAAUUUUCUCUUCACGCUACCUGUGUUGGGAUUUAUAGACUCGCGAGGACGUCGACCUUUACUCCUUGUAUCUUUUACAGGGAUGCUUUUCAGUCUUAUCGCCAUCAGCGGCUUCUUCAAGAUUGCAGACGAGAGCACUAGAGGAAUUUUAAUAGGAGUGUUCAGCAUUGUGUUCUUUCUAUUCUUCUACUCGGUUGGUGCCGGACCGAUCCCUUUCACCUUGAGUGCAGAAGUUUUCCCUCUGUGCGUGCGCGAGGUCGGAAUGAGUUUCAGUGUUAUGGUCAAUUUUCUUGGUCUUGGGAUCUUGGUGCUUUUUGUUCCUCAGUUAACCUCGGCAUUCAACGGCCAGGCCAACCUUUUGUUUUUCUUCUCGGGUCUUAACCUCUUGGGACUUGUUUUGAUUUUCCUUUUGGUCCCCGAAACCAGGCAAACGAAACUGGAGGCUAUGAACUCUAUAUGUAAGUGGCUUCCAGUGAAGCUAUUCAAAACAUGGCUCUUUACAAGGUUGCGCACUAAUAUUCUCGAUAGUUGA